AUCACCGAUGUUACGAGUGCUCGUUGUACCGACGAAUAAACGAAAACGACCAUUCAAGGCGAAUAAAAACUGAUUUUUCAACAACAGUGCGGAUGGAUUUUUCAAUACUUUUCAUAGUGACAGUCGCUUACAUUAAAUUCGUCACGACUCAGAAGAACUUGAAAUGGAAUAGACGCACCGAAAGUUUUGACACCAUUGCCAAUGUAUUGAGCAAAAAAAUGCAAAUACAAAAAGUCAUGUCGAAAGACGAACGACCAGAAUUACGGGAUUUCAAGGGCCAACCCUUGAAAAUUUCCUAUUACGAGGACCUUGGUGUCUUUGAAUACUACGAUAAUGACACUAAAGUCAAAGGUAUUUGCGGAGAAAUCUGGACGACGAUAUGCAACUUUUUGAAUUUCACCAUGGUUCUAAGCAAGGACGAAAUCGCGUAUGUCGGUAGCUCUCGCUCCGAUGGUACUUACGAUGGAAUACUUGGAAAAAUUUGGAAAAACGAAACGGACGUUGUGCCCCAUUUAGGCAUGUUUUUAGCACGCUACAAGGCGGUCGAAUUCAGCACCGUUUUCUGGAUGUAUAGUGUAAAAAUUUAUUCGCGGGGAGAAUGGAUACAAAGUCCUGCUUGGAUGUUCGAAAUAUUUGCGCAGGACGUGUGGAUCACGCUUCUUGUAUUUUUGGUGACAUUGAGUCUCGCAAAUAUCGUAACACAAAGAAUACUGAUGCGUUAUCGAGAAAAGGAUUUGAAAAGUGAGAGCAUCGUGAGUCAUCUAUUUUACAAUUUCGCAGUGCUGUGUAACCAACCGAGUAGUUCGUCCAAAAAAUCUCCAAGCGGAUCAAAAUUAUUGAAUGUGAUAAUUAUCAUCUUCGCUUAUCUCACGCUCGCUGCCUAUAAUUCACGUUUGAUAUUCAACUUGGCCCAAGAAUCGUUCGCAGCGCCUUUCAACGACGUUUACAGCCUCAUGAACAAAACGAAAUAUCGGAUGGUCGUCGUGAACGGUAGCACCGCGCACCGCAUCGUUAUAAGCGAAUUUGGAAAAGAGGUUUUUGAACAAGUACGGAAAUCACCGCGUUUGAAAGUCGUCCAACGUGCCGAUGACCUUUACGCUUAUGUUUGCAACCAGCCGGACAAAUACGUCUUUUUAGACACUGACAAUGUCGUUGCUGUGCGAAACACCGGGGAAUGUGAUGUCGAACCAGUGGGCGAAGCGUAUUACUCAACACCGGUGGCUUCCGGGUUCAGCCACGGGUUUUAUGCCAGCAAAACUGUCAAUUUUUGGCUCACGAGACUUCGGGAAUUUGGAUUGUUAGACGCAAUGAAAAAGCGUUACAUGUCACCGACGAGAAAAAAACCGAAGGUUCGACACCGCCAAACUUUGACGAUCGACAUGGACCGAGUUUCUGUGAUAUUCGGAGUCCUUGGCUUGGGUAUGCUGACCUCGAUACUCAUAUGCGUCGUCGAAAAUAUCAUUUUCAAGAAAAAAAGACAAAAGCCUGUCAAGCUGGAUAUUAAAAAAUUGAAUAUUUACGAGCAACCAAUUAUCGCUAAAUUGAUACUUGAAAAUCGUGCACGCGGCAGAUACAGGAAAUAAAAUAAAAGAAUUUCUUUGGAAAA